AUGCCUUCCAAGAAAAAGAACUCAAAAACACCAUUAAAACCCUCGAAUUCCGAUGGAAGACACAACGAUUUCUCUUCACCUUCUUCAGCUGCUUCUUCUUCAGUCUCGUCGCCGCCGACUAACGAACAGCUGCUGACGUCCCUUGAUGAGGCUGCAGAAAAAUACCCAUCUCUCAUUUCCCGAGCUGCUUUUAUUGGCAAUGUUCUGGACGACGUCGUACCCGACUCCAGAAGCUGCAGAGUUUGGCUUUCCGAGCCGGCCAUGGUUUCGUCUUCCAUUGCCCCAGGCUCCGUUGUCUCGGUCUCCCUUUCUGCUUGGGACAAAGCUGUGAAUGGUUUUCCUUUGAGUUCUCUGUCCAAUGAAUGUGCAAGACGCUUUGGGUUUGAGUUGGCAGAUGAUUCGGGCGAUGAAGCUGGGAUUUAUUUUUCCCUGGCUACAGUAUUCCCAUCUUGUAAGGUCUUGAAGAAUGGGGUGCGCUUGUCCUUGAACCUCUCGUAUAGUAUGGGUUCUCCAGCUUCAGGCAGGACCAUUUUUGUUAAUCCUCUUAAGUGUCUCCCCUCAACCGAGUCUGGAAAUAAUAAGCAGAAUGGUCUUUUAACUACUUGUAUAUCAUUUGAGAGCUGCAAGGAGUUGUAUCUAUAUCCGGUUUGCUUGAAGGGUAAAGUGGAAAUGGAGGAUGCUAGGUUGCCUCACGACUCAUCCCCAAGGACACCAUCUCUUUCAGACUCUACAGUCAACUCUCCUCGUUCAACACAGUCUCGUAUGUCAAAUCAUGACAAGUCCUCAUCAAAGGCGAUAUUUAUGCCUCGUGCAUCAAUGAACAUAUUUGACAUUGAGGAAGUUAUUCGGGACGAGUCUUCACGGAAGCUUCUAGAAACCUGCACAGCUUCAUGGUUAAAUUCACGACGGUUACUCCCGGGAAAUUUGGUUGUUGUACCCGUACUUACAGGGCUUUGUGUUUUCCGGGUUUUGCAUACCAAACUAGCAUUGCCAAAUAGUGAAAUUUUGAGUAGUGACAAUCAUGAUAGUUCUGCUGUAGAUCAGGAUAUAGGAAAAAAUGGUGUGUCUGCUUUGCUCCUGGAAUGGGGUACAAAAGUUCGUUUUCUUUUACCUGGAAAUCCCAUGGUUGAAGCUUCUGUGAAAAGUUCAACUGUAAAUCCAGAUGUUGGGCAAGCAUCCGAUGAAAAUGGUUCGGGAGUGGUGUAUUCAAAGUUGGGGGGCCUUUCUAAAGAAUUCGCAGUUUUAAGAGAGAUUAUAGUUUCGUCAGCUGUGCAAUCUACAGUUGCAAGCUUGGGUUUACGACCGACAAAGGGGGUGCUUCUUCAUGGACCACCAGGAACCGGGAAGACCACUUUGGCUCGAGUUUGUGCUCGUGAAGCUGGUGUUAACAUGUUUUCCAUAAAUGGGCCUGAGAUCAUUAGUCAGUACCAUGGAGAAACCGAGCAAGCGUUGAAUGAAGUAUUCGAGAAUGCUAGCAAGGCUUUGCCUGCUGUGGUUUUCAUAGAUGAGUUGGAUGCCAUUGCACCUGCCCGUAAAGAUGGAGGAGACGAGCUGUCUCAGAGAAUGGUGGCCACUCUCUUAAAUUUAAUGGAUGGCAUAAGUAGAAAAGAUGGUUUACUUAUUAUUGCCGCUACAAACCGGCCGGACAGUAUUGAGCCUGCUCUUAGACGGCCUGGAAGACUCGACCGUGAAAUAGAAAUAGGUGUUCCAUCUCCACAACAACGUUAUGAAAUACUACUUACACUUCUUAAUGAGGUGGAGCAUUCACUUUCUGACAAGGAUAUUCAAGAUCUUGCUAUGGCCACCCACGGUUUUGUUGGAGCCGAUUUAGCUGCUUUGUGCAAUGAGGCUGCCUUGGUGCGUCUUAGGCAGUAUGUGAAAUCAAAUAUAGAUUUUGAAUUGCAGACGGGUGCAGUUGAUUCAGUUUGUCAAUCUGUAAAGAAUACGCUAGAUUUUGACUCAGAUGGUGACUCGGAGUAUCCUCAGGGUUUAGGAGAUUAUCCGAAGGCUAAUCUGGAAGCCGCUUUUUCAUGCACUUCAGACAUGCAAAACUCAUCGGACGAAUUGAGAGUUACGUCUGAUGACUUUGAGAAGGCUAAAAUUAGAGUAAGGCCAAGUGCCAUGAGAGAGGUAAUUCUUGAAAUCCCUAAAGUUAGCUGGGACGAUGUGGGUGGUCAGGAGGAGGUUAAGUUACAGCUAAUGGAAGCCGUUUUAUGGCCUCAGAAGCAUAAGGAAGCUUUCGAGCGUGUCGGGACCCGUCCCCCAACAGGAAUAUUGCUGUUUGGUCCUCCGGGUUGCAGCAAAACUCUUUUGGCCCGAGCGGUGGCCUCAGAAGCUGGGCUGAACUUCUUAGCAGUAAAGGGUCCCGAGCUUUUCAGCAAAUGGGUCGGUGAAUCUGAAAAAGCGGUCCGUUCUCUGUUUGCAAAAGCGAGGGCCAAUGCUCCCUCUAUUGUAUUUUUCGACGAGAUUGAUGGUCUGGCUGUAAUUCGUGGAAAAGAAAGUGACGGGGUUUCAGUUGGUGAUCGGGUGAUUAGUCAGCUUCUUGUCGAAUUGGACGGUUUGCAACAAAGAGGCAGUGUGACGGUUAUAGCUGCUACAAAUCGGCCAGAUAAAAUCGAUCCUGCUCUUCUCAGACCAGGGCGUUUUGAUCGAUUGCUUUACGUGGGACCACCGAGUAGAAAAGACAGGGAAGCUAUUUUCCGCGUGCAUCUGCACCGAAUGCCGUGUACUUCUGACGUGUGCAUUAGUGAGCUCUCUCUUCUUACUGAAGGCUGCACAGGUGCCGAUAUAUCUCUUAUAUGCCGUGAAGCAGCCAUUGCAGCUAUUGAAGAGAACUUAUCUGCAUCAGAAAUCACAAUGGAACACUUGAGAGUUGGAAUCAAGAAAGUGCAGCCAUCUAAUAAUGUUGGGUCAUAUGAAAAGCUGUCGGAAAAGUUUCAGAGGCUCGUUUCUUCGACUGUUAAGGAAGACGAUUCGGAAUUUGAACCUUGCGCGAGCAAACCAAGUCAUAUAGCUCUUUGGACUCGAAUAAGAUCUGCCGUGAGUUCCCUUGUAUUAAAACCGCAUUCUUCAUGA